GUGGGCGGAGAAAGGGGCAGCUGGUGCAUUUUGGGAUUAGGUCCUGUGAGGCCGUUUCUGAACUGUUUCGCUGCGUUUCCUCUCGGUCUUCGCGGAAACUUUCGGGUCCACAGACUGAAGAGAAGUCUCCACCGUCAUGGGAGGCGGAGACCUGAACCUGAAGAAGAGCUGGCACCCUCAGACCCUUCGCAAUGUGGAGAAAGUGUGGAAGGCGGAACAGAAACAUGAGGCGGAGCGGAAAAAGAUCGAGGAGUUGCAGCGAGAGCUUCGAGAGGAGCGAGCUCGGGAAGAGAUGCAGCGCUAUGCUGAGGAUGUGGGGGCCGUCAAGAAAAAAGAGGAAAAGUUGGAUUGGAUGUACCAGGGCCCUGGCGGGAUGGUCAACCGUGAUGAGUACCUGCUGGGCCGCCCCAUUGACAAGUACGUUUUUGAGAAGAUGGACGAGAAGGAAGCAGGCUGUUCUUCUGAGACAGGACUCCUCCCAGGAUCUAUCUUUGCCCCAUCGGGCGCUAACUCCCUUCUUGACAUGGCCAGCAAAAUCCGGGAAGACCCUCUCUUUAUCAUCAGGAAGAAAGAGGAGGAGAAAAAAAGAGAAGUACUGAACAAUCCCGUGAAAAUGAAGAAAAUCAAAGAGCUGUUGCAAAUGAGUCUUGAAAAGAAGGAGAAGAAGAAAAAGAAGGAGAAGAAGAAGAAGCACAAGAAACACAAACACAGAAGCUCGAGUAGCGACCGCUCCAGCAGUGAGGAGGAGCAGGGCCAGGGCAGAUCGCAAAGGAAGACGGCAAAUUCCUUUCCUGUUUUGUCCAAAGUCCCUGGAUAUGGCUUACAGGUGAGGGACUCUGAGCGUAACCAGGGGCUGCAGGGUCCUCCGGCUGAGCCAAGGGGGAUGAAGUACCAUUCCCGAUCAAGAAGCUCCUCCCACUCACCCCCCAGACAUGUCAGCAAGAAGAGCACCAAGGAAGACAAGUCCCGGGACAGGAGGUCUCGCUCCCCAGUCAGAAGGUCCCGGUCCCCAAGGCCCAGCAAACCGCAUGCCUCUAAGGUGAAUAGGAAAGAGAGAGACAGCCCAUCACCUAAAAAGGAGGUCUACCAGAGGCGGCAUGCUUCCGGAUACACCAGAAAACUCUCAGCAGAGGAACUAGAGCGGAAACGGCAGGAGAUGAUGGAAAAUGCCAAGUGGAGGGAGGAGGAGAGGCUCAGCACCCUCAAGAGGCAUGCCAAGGAGGAUGAACGAGAGCGCAGGCUGGAGAAGUUGGACUCUCGGUCGGGCAAGUUCCUCCAUCGCAUGAAACUGGAGAGCGCGUCCACUUCCUCCCUGGAGGACCGGGUGAAGCGCAACAUCCACUCUCUGCAGCGGACGUCGGUAGCUCUGGAGAAGAACUUCAUGAAGAGAUGAGAACCAGCCACUCACACUGGUUUUCCUCAGUUUACCAGGGAGCCCGCUGACUCCUUCCAAUUCUCUUUAUAAGAGUUCAAAUGUCUUCUACCGAUGAAAAACCACCGUUUUAAAGUGCCCCUUGUCCACUGACUCCUGAAAAAUCGUGCAUCCUUGAAAAAUCAGUGUGACUUGGGGCCCUCAGGAACUCUGGCUGGAAGGGUUUUGACUGUGGUUGACCGGAUGGGUAUUAGAAGGCGGGGGGGGGGG